AUGGGCAAGCUAAACACCCUGGAGCAUGUUGAGGAGGUAGCGCUGGCGCGCGUGACGGAGGAGGACUUGUGGAAGUUGUCCCAGGAGUCAUUGAACGUAUGGUCAUGGUCUGGAUUCCGCCUGGGUCUCAUCAUGUUUGUCCAUGGCUGCAACCAGGCUGGCUUUGGCAUUGACUGGGGAGUUAUCGGCGGUAUCAAUUCCUUGGAGCCGUGGCAUGAAUACUUCCGCUUCGGUACUGCCGGUGGUACAUAUGGCCUUGUCAAUGCCCUGAUGCAGAUUGGAACUGUCUGCGGUGCACCGUUCAUGGCUUUGGCUGAUGUGAUCGGCCGUCGUGGAAUCAACUUUGCCGGCAAUGCGAUUGUUAUUUUUGCAGCUCUCCUGCAGGGUCUGGCCGUUAAUCUACCAAUGUUCAUGGCCGGACGAUUCUUCAUGGGUUUCGGCACUGCUCUUAUGUCGAGCUCCCAAUAUAUUGGUGAGAUAUCGCCUGUUCACCUGCGUGGUCGUAUGGUCGGCUUUUUUGGGGCUUGCUUCCAAGUCGGCAGUUUGACCAUGCUCGGUGCCAUGAUUGGGCUUUCCACUCUGCCCGGUAACCUUUGCUGGCGUAUUCCCCUCAUCCUCGAGGCUCUCUUCCCAGUCAUUGUCUGCCUAGGUAUUUACCUUGUCACCCCCGAGUCGCCUCGCUACUAUGUCAUGAGGGGUAAUCGACAAAAGGCCAAGGAGGUUGUGGCCAAGUAUCACACCACUAGCACGAAUAUCAAUGAGCCAAUUGUCGAGAUUGUUGUUAGACAGAUUGAGGAGUCUCUCGAAGCCGAUCGCAACCGAUCGGGUACCAGGGCGUUCUGGGAUUAUCGGGCCUUCUUCACCAAGACCGCGCGGUACCGUCUCCUGGUCCUGGUUUUGUAUUCGAUCUUCCAGCAAUGGAAUGGCGGCAGUAUUAUCACAUAUUAUAUGACACCCUCAUUGCAGCAGCUUGGAAUUGAUGGCACAAAGCAGCAACUCGGCAUUACCAUUGGAACCACGGCAGUCUACUUUGUCUUCACGGCCGUCGGAUCGUUCCUCGUUGAUAAGUUCAACAGGCGAACUUUGAUCUUUAUUGGUCUGAUCAGCAUGAUCGUCUUCCAAACGGCCACUACCAUCACAUCGUGGCAGUAUAGUCUCAGUGCCAACACUGCUGUUGCGGCACUUACUCUUCUUUGGAUCUUCCUUUAUCAGACCUUUUCUGCGACGUUUAUUGCGACCAUGCACAAUCUGUACCCGAUUGAAAUUCUCUCUCUGCCUCUUCGUGCAAAGGGAAUGGGUCUCUAUGGUCUGAUUCAAGGUGGUGCUGGAGCCGCGCAGACGUACGGAAUCGGAGUCGGUAUCGCAAAGGUGGGAUACAAGAUUUGGGUGGUGUAUAUCGUUUACAACACUGUCCAGCUUGUCUUGUCUUAUUUCAUCUUCCCAGAGACUGCCGGUCUCUCUCUGGAGGAGAUUGAUACGGUAUUCGAAACGCCCGGUGUUGCACCGGUCAAGAUGUCGUUGGACAUCCAAAAGGCCAAGAAGGAGAGAAGCGCCGCGGGACGGGACGAGGAAAUUUAG